AAAAUACAUAAAAAUAUUAAGAGUUAUUAUAGUUUCUUGUCCUUAAUGUUUCUAUAUACUUUCCAUUCACACUGUUUAUAAUUUCAAUGAGUUUAUUCACAUUAUUUAUAUUUUUUACCUAAAUAUUAUGCAACUUCCACAUUUUUGUAUAAACCUGAAGGUAUAUUCCUGAAGGUGGGGCAUUAACCACAUAAGUGUAAAACAAGAUGCGUUGCUUGAUACUAAUAAAAAGGAAAUGAUUAAUAAUGUUACACGUUUCAUUAUUAAAUUAUAGAUUGUCUGAUAGGCAUCAAUUUCACAUUUGUUUAAAAAUUUUAAAUAUGAUAAAAUGAGAUAAUGUUUUCUUUUAGCGCUCCUGGUGGCCAUCCCUUCAAAACUCAUGGAGUGAUUACGCUUCUUACUUCUACUCGUAUGAAAAUAUAUAUUAACAUACAUUUAUAAAUGUGUUUCCAGUUUUAAGAAAUAGAGAUGAACCCCAUCUCUCUAACAAUAAAAACAGAACAUAACUAUGGCAUGGGAACAUUAUAUUAUAUUGACAUAACUGGUGUAAUUAUAUUAGUGUUAAUGGUCAAGGAUGAUUAAUCAGUAUAUAUUCAAUAAGAAAUUAUAUUUCGUUGUUUUUGAAUGAUACUGAUAAAAUAUUUGAAUAAGGAACUGGAUUUUGUUUUGGAGUGUGGUUUUUCGUUUCAUUAAUUAAAUUCACCAGAAUUAUGAUGAAGAGAAUUGUCAACCAUCGUGAUAAGUAUAUCUUCAACACAGGUAAUGUUUACUUUAUUAAAACUAUUGUUAUAAUUUUAUAGGGAAGAUACUUGUUAAAAUAUUUUUUUUUUGUUUCUAUAGAUUGGACUCUGGGGUUGGGUGAUGAGAACUCCCUUUUCUGGAACUUUGGAAGCUCCCGAACAUUGGAGAUAGCACCUAAUUCGCUUAGAAAGAAAUGUUUGCUCUUUUCAAAACAUAAUUGCGAUUAAUAAUGGCUGUUAGUGAGUGUCCAGUGGUAACAUUCGUUUUGAAUAAUGGGUAGAAGAAUCCAGGUUAUUCAGAUGAAUACAUGCCGUCAGGACUUUGGCAGUAUAAUCUUCUCUGGAAUUGAUUACAAUUAUACUAUUCUUAAAAGCGUUUAAAAAAUAAUGAAAUGACAUUAAACAUUUAAGAACAACUAAGAAAUUUUUAUAAUAUUAUAAUAAAAAAAAAACUUUGUCUGCGCCUUGAAAUACAAAAAAAAAAAAAAAAAAUCAAUUAUUUUUUAAAUAGUUUACCUAAUAAUAGUAUGACAGUAACUAUUUUGUUUUAUUCGAGAGUAUUAUUUCUUUUCUCGAGGUAAAAAAGAUUGUUAAACUUGGUUCUUCAUAAACAUUCAGAAAACUGAAAACUUAGAAGACAUAUAUAAAAAAGAAGUUGAAAGGACAAUGCAGCAACUUCAAGAUAAACUUCAGUUAAACAUUAUUCAACAAUCGCAACUUGUACAGACACACGAUAAAACGAAUAAUGUCGAAACGCUUCAACAAAUGGUCGUCCAUCAACAACAAAUCGUCCAACAGAUACAAAUGUCCCAGAGACAGUACGCUCUUCAACCCGGCACUUCUCAGCACGAUUCUGGAAAUUGUCAAGGAAAACAAACAGUAGGUCACAGUGAAAGCGAGGAAGGUUCAACUAUUGGAAAAAUGACCAGCGAGGAUGAUAAACUUGGUGGCGACAAAGUCCCUGGUAUUGCUGGAUCGAUUGGCCCAAACAGAAGGGAAUGUGUAAAUGGGAGUUUACCUACUCUGAAAGAAGAGUUAAAUAUUGAUAAUAAAAGUGAAAAGGUACAAUUACUGUUUGGUCACGGAGUAUGUAAAUGGCCCGGAUGUGAUACGUUAUGUGAAGAUAUGAAAACUUUCUUAAAACAUUUAAAUAAUGAACACACUUUGGACGACAGAUCAACUGCGCAAGCUAGGGUGCAAAUGCAAGUGGUCUCGCAAUUAGAACUUCAGUUACAGAAGGAAAGAGAUAGGUUACAAGCUAUGAUGAUACACCUCCACAUGUCCAAGCAGCAAUCUGCACCCGAUCCAGACACCAGCACAGAGCUUUCAAAUGUGUUGAGGAAUUCUAAUGUACCCAAAAGAAGUUCGUCUCCUGGAUUCAUAGGCGCCAAUCCCCAAUCUACACCUGCUAGAUCUCCCCUCAGGCCACCGACUCCCAGCUCAACCAAACGUAGAAUAUCCGAUAAGUCAGCGUUGUCCAUAACUGGAGGCCUUCCUUAUAUGUUGGAAAGGGCAGGAUUGGACGUACAACAAGAAAUUGAAAGGAAUAGGGAAUUUUACAAGAACGCCGAUGUCCGGCCACCGUUCACGUAUGCAUCAUUAAUUAGACAGUCCAUCAUUGAAUCACCCGACAAACAGUUAACAUUAAACGAAAUCUACAAUUGGUUUCAAAACACUUUCUGCUACUUCAGGAGAAACGCAGCUACCUGGAAGAAUGCAGUCCGGCACAACCUAUCACUUCACAAAUGUUUCAUGCGGGUGGAAAACAUUAAAGGUGCCGUAUGGACUGUUGAUGAAGUCGAAUUCCACAAAAGGAGACCCCAACGCUGUACCAGCGGGGAUAAUACACAAGAUGACAACUCCUCAAAAUGUUCAAGACUAUACAGUGACACAAUUAACUCUACUCUACAGGCAACAAGGACUGAAGGGUCUCCGUAUAAAAAUCUGCUCAGUCAUUCUAUGCCUCCUGUACCCACGUCGCAACCCGACAUUGACGAAGAGCCCCCAUCGCCGAAGAAAAAGAGGUUAAUACAGGAGAGAAUUUCGUCGUGUGAUAUUGGUUUGAAGGUAGAUCCUGGAAGACACAUGUACAGCGAGCAAGACAUAGAACCCAGUGACGCACUCCAAGCAGAUUAUUCCGUCAAAGAUGACAACCAAGGAAUUAUUGACAAUCCAGUCCAGGACUUAUCCAUUAAUGAACAAUUAACACAAAGUGAUAUAAAUGAAUCAUAACAUUGACAUUUUAAACAACAAGAAUUUUUAUGUACAUAUGUAUCUCCUGAGAUAUUUAUACACAUUGAAAUCUUUUAUCAUUAUUAUGAAUUAUUAUAAAUAAAGUUUAUACUUUUUAUACUUUCAAAGUGAGGUACAAACUGUAGUAUAUAUCAAUUAAAAUAAGAAAAUAUGUACAUAAAUUAUAACGAAACAAAGCUCGUUUAGAGAUUUGAGGGGGUAUAUUUGUAAAAUAUUAGAAACAAUUUCUAUUUCGAAAAUAGGAUAAAAAGGUACGUAGAUUUUAACUUUUUUACCUAUGUAAAACUCUCAAGUUUCAUUUUGUACAGAAAUAUUUAUAAAUAUAUUCUUAAGAUGGGUACGGGUAUUAACAAGAUUUUGUUGUUAUUGGUUGUUUAUUGUUUAUAAUUUCAUUUAAGAACGAGUUGAUGUGAGCAUUAAAUGCAAAAAUAAAAUUUUAAUGUAGGAAAUGAAAUGUGCUAUUGUCAAGCACAAUAAUCCAUAUAUUAAGUCCUGUCUGUUUGACUAGCCUAAUAUAACUACAAUACAAUCCUUUUACGAACUAUUUGUUUAUUGAACCUGUGUUUUCGAUAUUGUAAAAAAAUAAAAUAUUAAAUAUUGAUUUAGAAAAUUAGAUUUCAUUGUUACUCAGGUAAUGGGUGGUAUUUUAAAUGUUAAUCGAUCACUGUCAUGCUAUUACAGUGUCAAUAAUAAAGAAAAUCUGUCAUUUGAAAGGUUAUUUCUGCUUUUUUUAUUGCUUUUACGUAAUAAUUUAAAAUAACCGACAACAAAUUGGAGUGUUCAAAACACAAAAAUUAUAAUGCGAUUUGGUGUAUGACUAAAUAUAAUAAAU